CGAAUCACGAUCCCGAUGCAUAACCUUGCAGUUCAACUUCUUCAAGUUCUUGCUGUAAAUGUAAUUAUGUUUCUAUAGCUAGCAUCCAACCAUUGCUGCCUUAUCUGCCACAAUUAAAUCAUGAAGAAUGAAGAAAGGAUGGAGAAAAGAAAUCCUCCAAAUUUUGGGAAUAUUGACAUGUGCUUAUUUUCUGAUUAUGUGUUUGAUGGCAAUGCAACUACAUGUACAGCACGGAAAUGCUGAUUUGUUUUAUGAGGAUCAGGAUCAUGAGCAUAUUCACUUUUCCCACACUUCUGGUUAUUGCUACAAAGGACCAUCCAUCUCUCAGAUUGCUAGACAAAAUGCUAACUUCAGUACUGAACAAAGCAUAGAAUCAAGGAUCCUGGGGAGCUGCACCACACCAGUUAGUUCUGCAGAUGUAGAGAUGGAUGCACUGUGGAGAACUCUGGAUGUAUCCUACCCUCUGGCACUAUCAGUCAGUGGAUGGCUGGAUGUGGUGCAAGUUUAUUCUUGGGUUACCAAACCUCUCACCGUUAUCAUAGUACCCCAUUCCCAUCAGGAUCCGGGAUGGCUGUUCACUUUUGAGUACUAUUUUGAAACAUAUUCCAACAAAAUAAUUAAUCUAAUGGUGGAGCAGCUCACCAAGAAUCCAGCCUGGCGAUUUGUGUGGUCAGAAGUAUGCUGGCUAGAGAAAUGGUGGGAAAAGGCCUCUCAACCACAGAAAGAUAGCUUUACAAGAUUGGUCAGGAAUGGUCAGCUGGAGAUAGUGUCUGGUGGCUGGGUGAUGCCAGAUGAAGCUGUGGUCCAUUACAGCGCCAUGUUGAACCAGCUGAUUGACGGCCAUCAGUGGCUGAUGACACAUGUUGGAAUUACACCAAACAUCAGUUGGUCCAUUGACCCCUUUGGACACUCCCCCACCAUGGCCUACUUCAACAAGAGAAGUGGAGCCAAAGCUAUGGUCAUCCAGAGAAUUCACUUUGGAAUCAAAAGACAUUUGGCCAAGAUCAAGACAAUGGAGUUUCAGUGGAGACAAAUUUGGGACUCUGGAUCCAAGACUGAUAUUAUGACUCAUGUUUUGCCUUUUUCAUCCUACGCCAUCACCCACUCUUGUGGACCUAACACCCAUGUGUGCUGUCAGUUUGAUUUUUACCAGAAGAAAUGUUAUUAUGGCAAAAAGAGCAUCCGCAGUGAAGAGAUCAAUGAAAGAAAUGUGAAGGCAAAGGCCUGGCUACUGUGGGAGCAGUUUCAGAAGAAGUCCGAGCUCUUUCGAGAGAACGUCCUGUUGGUGCCCCACGGAGACGACUUCAGAUACAGCGAUCCCAGGGAGUGGGAGAAACAGUUCCGUAACCUGGAAAAACUUAUGGCUUACAUAAAUAGUAACGCAGAAAUGAAUACUAAGGUUAGAUUUGGAACACUCUCCGAAUACUUUACGGAGCUUGAGAAGUCACAAACCAGACCUUUUCCAACCUUUACUGGAGAUUUCUUCCCAUAUUCAGACAGAUCAGACCAGUAUUGGACCGGUUUUUAUACAUCUCGACCACACCUUAAAUACCUUGCUCGGAGAAUUCAAAGUCUUCUCAGGUCUGUAGAAAUCUUGUAUGCUGCAGCUGUUGCCAAGGCCAACAAGAUGUCGGAACAGUUGUACAGUUUGCUGAAACUUCUGCCUGACCUGAAUGUAGGGAGACAGGAAUUGGCAUUGUUCCAACACCAUGAUGCAAUCACAGGAACAUCACGGAAAACGGUCACAGAAAAUUACAAAGAAAGGUUGCAACAUACAUUCAGCAAACUGAAACCUGUAUAUGAGAAAGUUACACAAAUUUACCUGGAACAGAGUUUAAGUGUGACUAAAAAUCACACAGUUACAAUGAUAAGUGACUGGAUGAGUAUGCCAUUGAAGGAGUUGAGGAAAAAACUUGUCCAUAUUUCUCAAAAAAGAAAAUUAGUUAUUUUCAAUCCUCUUGGACACAGUAGAAGAGUGGUCCUGACCUUGAUGGUAGAUAAACCCAAUGUCAAGGUCACUAACUCUUCCACUACCUUGACAAUUCCCCAUCAGAUUUCACCAGUUUGGGAGAAAGCUGGUUUUAUUGAAGACCUAUAUGAACUGUCCUUUGAGGUCAACUUGCCAGCAUUAUCUCUGUCAGAAGUGACUGUUGAAAAAGGGGAAGCAACUCAGAACACUAGACUGGUCUUUUACACACAACCAGACACAUUCUUCAUGAAUAUUACAUUACCAGGAAUAAAUAUACAUCAGGAAAACUCCCCAUAUUUCUCUGUCAGCAAUGGUUAUUUGACUGCCUACUUUUACACAUGCAACGGAAGACUACAGUACGUGCACUAUAAAUCUACUGGACACCUCUGGAGGUCGGAGGUCAAGGUUGUGACCUACACCUCAGGGAAAACCUGGUCUACAAUGUUCAAGGACAAAGGUGGAGCUUACACAUUUGUUCCUGAUGGACCUGCAGAGACUUUAUCAGAGCCAGUGGAUUCACUCUUUCUCAUCGAUGGACCACUCUUUUCACGAGUGGUUACAGUCCAACCCACCAUUACCCAAACUGUAACAAUCUACAAAACACACAGCAACAUGGCUAAAGGAGUUCACAUAGAGAACAAAGUUAACAUGCAGAAACUGGACAAUACAGAGCUGAUGAUGAGAGUGGAGUCUGACAUCGGAGAAUCAAGGGCGGAAAUGUGUGUGGAUCUAAAUGGAUUCCAGAUGCACAGAAAAACGACUUUUCCAAAGAGACACAUCCAAGGCAAUUUCUAUCCCAUGACAACAAUGGCGUUUGUUGAGAACGGAACUAGCAAGCUAACUCUGCUGACAACAUCCUCUAGAGGAGUUGCAAGUCUUUCACCAGGAUGGUUGGAGGUGGGUCUGGAUCGUCGAAUGAACCAGGACGACUGGCGAGGACUCGGCGAGGGCGUGACCGACAACGAGGCCACUACCAGCUCGUUUAUGUUGGUGUUCGAACAGAAGACUUCCAACACGGUUUCGGGUGUUUGUUUCCCAUCAUCAUUGACCAGUCAGCUUUCUGAUGAACUGGAAAAUCCAUGUAUCAUAGCAGAGACGAAGUAUGAACUUCAAAGUCGUGUCCAAAUUGAAUUGAUAAAACGAAAACUGCCCUGUAAUAUCUAUCUAGUCAAUUUCAGACUCGCUAUCCAAGAAAGACUUGCAAUCCAAAAAAUUAGAAGUUUAACAAAAGUUCAAAAUAUACCAAAACUUGCUAAUUUAACAGCAGCAUUCUUGCUGGUUUUGCAAAACAAGCAAAUUGAUUGCAAUAUUAAGCCAGAAAACAAGGAUUGCCAUGAAAAUCUCCAAGAACUAAGAUUAGACGACGUGUUUAUAGACUGUUCUGUAGCACAGGCAUGGGAGACAAAUCUGUCUGGGACCGUUCUUGUGAAAGAAAUUAAGCAACCGUAUGCUGUAACUGUUGAUCCUAUGGAAAUUAAGACAUUUAAAGUGACAUGUAAUUAAAAACUUGGUGCGUGUUCUAGAAUGGAGUUUUGUUUUCGCUCUUAAGUCUCAUGGGAAAAUAAUUUUUGAGAACAGGGAAGUUGGAAGUCAUAUGUCACAUGAUAUGCACUGCAGCCGACGCGGGUCCCGUAUUUUCCUGCGACAUCGUCAUGGUGUUUUAAAAAUAAUGCUUUCUGCGAUACUUCGUCACGAAAUUCGCGGAAUCAUAUGUUUACCGCGACGUAGUGAGGUAUCAUGCCAGGAAUACCGAUGUACAUGUAUUGCAAGUUUUCUGUAUGUUAAAAUUAGAUGUUAGAUCCACUCGCUUAUCUGUAGCGAGUAAGCGAGUGUAUGUAACAUCUAAUUUUAAUUACAAUUUUUAUUAAUAUGAACUAUAUUGAAUAUCUAUUUUAAAAUUAUUAUGAGGCCGACUUAAACCAAACUUGGGAAUAUGUAUGCAGUCGAUUAAAUGAACUUUUAUAAAGAGGUGCCUGUCCCUUGCAAAAAUUUAAAAAUUUCAAUUAUUAAAAAUAUACAUGUACAGUAAAUAAUGAAAUUUUUUAGCAUUGUCAAAGAAAAGGAAAGCUUUUGCAAUUUUUACCAAGAGAUUUGUGCGAAAAUUAUUUGUACUAUAAAAAUAUAUAUAAAUGCAUUUUUGCCAUAGACUUCAAUGUUAACUUCAAGAUGGGAUAAAUUUUUCAAUAUUAAUUAUUUUUUACAAAUUUAAAAGAUGAAUCUUUGUUAUAAAAAACUCCUUAAAACCACACUAAGAGUUUUGUCAUCAAACUUGCAAUCUAUUAGAUACGAAAUAUGAUAGUUAUGGAUGGACUACCUUAAAAUCCAAAAAAUUACUCAUCAAUAUUAUGUGUAAUAUACUGGUCUAGAGUUAUCGUUCUUCUAUUCUUUAUUAUUUCCCUUGUGUUUACCGAAAUAGUGCAAUCUUGAAUCCUAUGUUAAAUGCCUGUGUUGCAGAUAGUUGAUAUUAAAUAUUUAUGAAACAUUAAUUUUAAUAUAUUGCAACAUCGUGAUGGUGAUUGUUAGUGAUUCGUAUUGGUAAUGAUGUGGGUACACCCUAUGGCGAAUCUACAGUUUGGUAUUUUGGUGAAGAAGAAAACGUCAAUAAAUAGCACUGAUUUCGAUUCGGUAAACAAUUUAUUCUUAUAAACAAUAACUUGGUUAUUUAUAUGUUUCUCCAUGUAUGUUGCUCGCAUCUCAUAAAAAAACGUAAUUUCAAAGUACAGAAGUUGUCACACAUUGCAUAAACACUGGAAACUCCAA